CGGGGUUUGCGCGGCUGAGCAGAGCCUGCCUGGUUGCGGGGAGGGUUGUUUUAUUCCCACCGCCCCCUACCUUUUUUUUUUUUUUUUUUUUUUUUUCUGGAGUCUUAUUAAUUUCUCUGUGGGGCUGCAGCUGGAGACCGCGGAGCUUUGGAAAUGACGCUCGGAGCUUUAAUUACUGCAGCCGCCGGACAAGUGUGAGGAACGCUGACAGGAAAAAGGACAGGAUCUGGGGAGAAGCGAGAAGCUCCCCCCGCCCCGCUCCCCUCCCGAUUUGGACUGAAGGUACAAGGAAACUGAAGAAGGAGCCCAACAUAGCCCUGCUGCUGGGAGAGGCCGGAAACCUACCGCCUCUUUGCAAUCAACUUUUUUUGGAAACCUUUCUCCCCCCCUUCCUUUUUUAUUGUUGACCAACCAGUGAGAGAGAGAGAAAGUGAGGAGGGAGCGAGCAAGCGAAGGCUCACGCGGGGAAAUAGCUGCACAGUCCGGCCCGGAGCGCCACGCGCACAGACCGUGCACACUCCCACACGCGCACACACGCCCCCUCCUCGGGCUCCGGACCUGGACCUGCCGGCGCGGACUCGGUCGCCCGCCCUGGGAGUCGCUACACCGCGCGCGCCGCGCCCGCCCCCCUCGCGCCCUCACGCGCGCCCGGCUGUGGGAUCUCCUCCGCGUGCCCGAAAGGGGGAUAUGCCAUUUGGACAUGUAACUGUCAGCACGGGAUCUGAGACUUCCAAAAAAUGAAGCCGGCGACAGGACUUUGGGUCUGGGUGAGCCUUCUCGUGGUGGCGGGGACCGUCCAGCCCAGCGCUUCUCAGUCAGUGUGCGCAGGAACUGAAAAUAAACUGAGCUCUCUGUCUGACCUGGAACAGCAGUACCGAGCCUUGCGCAAGUACUAUGAAAACUGUGAGGUCGUCAUGGGCAACCUGGAGAUAACCAGCAUUGAGCACAACCGGGACCUCUCUUUCCUGCGGUCUGUUCGAGAAGUCACAGGCUAUGUGUUAGUGGCUCUUAAUCAGUUUCGUUACCUGCCUCUGGAGAAUUUACGCAUUAUUCGUGGGACAAAACUUUAUGAGGACCGAUAUGCCUUGGCAAUAUUUUUAAACUACAGAAAAGAUGGAAACUUUGGACUUCAGGAACUAGGAUUAAAGAACUUGACAGAAAUCCUAAAUGGUGGAGUCUAUGUAGACCAGAACAAAUUCCUUUGUUAUGCAGACACCAUUCACUGGCAAGAUAUUGUUCGGAAUCCUUGGCCUUCCAACUUGACUCUUGUGUCAACAAAUGGUAGUUCAGGAUGUGGACGUUGCCAUAAGUCCUGUACUGGCCGUUGCUGGGGACCCACAGAAAAUCAUUGCCAGACUUUGACAAGGACCGUGUGUGCAGAACAAUGUGACGGCAGAUGCUAUGGACCCUACGUCAGUGACUGCUGCCAUCGAGAAUGUGCUGGAGGAUGCUCAGGACCUAAGGACACAGACUGUUUCGCCUGCAUGAAUUUCAAUGACAGUGGAGCAUGUGUUACUCAGUGUCCCCAGACCUUUGUCUACAAUCCAACCACCUUUCAACUGGAGCACAAUUUCAAUGCAAAGUACACGUAUGGAGCAUUCUGUGUCAAGAAAUGUCCACAUAACUUUGUGGUAGAUUCCAGUUCUUGUGUGCGUGCCUGCCCUAGUUCCAAGAUGGAAGUAGAAGAAAAUGGGAUUAAAAUGUGUAAACCUUGCACUGAUAUUUGCCCAAAAGCUUGUGAUGGCAUUGGCACAGGAUCACUGAUGUCAGCUCAGACUGUGGAUUCCAGUAACAUUGACAAAUUCAUAAACUGUACCAAGAUCAAUGGGAAUUUGAUCUUUUUAGUCACUGGUAUUCAUGGGGACCCUUACAAUGCAAUUGAAGCCAUAGACCCAGAGAAACUGAAUGUCUUUCGGACAGUCAGGGAGAUAACAGGUUUCUUGAACAUACAGUCAUGGCCCCCAAACAUGACUGACUUCAGUGUUUUUUCUAACCUGGUGACCAUUGGUGGAAGAGUACUCUAUAGUGGCCUCUCCUUGCUUAUCCUCAAGCAACAGGGCAUCACCUCUCUACAGUUCCAGUCCCUGAAGGAAAUCAGCGCAGGAAACAUCUAUAUUACAGACAACAGCAACCUAUGUUAUUAUCAUACCAUUAACUGGACAACACUCUUCAGCACAAUCAACCAAAGAAUAGUAAUCCGGGACAAUAGAAAAGCUGAAAACUGUACUGCCGAAGGAAUGGUGUGCAACCAUCUGUGUUCAAGUGACGGCUGUUGGGGACCUGGGCCAGACCAAUGCCUGUCUUGUCGUCGCUUCAGUAGAGGAAGGAUCUGCAUAGAGUCUUGUAACCUCUAUGACGGUGAAUUUCGGGAGUUUGAGAAUGGCUCCAUCUGUGUGGAGUGUGAUCCCCAGUGUGAGAAGAUGGAAGAUGGCCUCCUCACAUGCCAUGGACCGGGUCCUGACAACUGUACAAAGUGCUCUCAUUUUAAAGAUGGCCCAAACUGUGUGGAAAAAUGUCCAGAUGGCUUACAGGGGGCAAACAGUUUCAUUUUCAAGUAUGCUGAUCCAGAUCGGGAGUGCCACCCAUGCCAUCCAAACUGCACGCAAGGGUGUAACGGUCCCACUAGUCAUGACUGCAUUUACUACCCAUGGACGGGCCAUUCCACUUUACCACAACAUGCUAGAACUCCCCUGAUUGCAGCUGGAGUAAUUGGUGGGCUCUUCAUUCUGGUCAUUGUGGGUCUGACAUUUGCUGUUUAUGUUAGAAGGAAGAGCAUCAAAAAGAAAAGAGCCUUGAGAAGAUUCUUGGAAACAGAGUUGGUAGAACCUUUAACUCCCAGUGGCACAGCACCCAAUCAAGCACAACUUCGUAUUUUGAAAGAAACUGAGCUGAAGAGGGUAAAAGUCCUUGGCUCAGGUGCUUUUGGAACAGUGUAUAAAGGUAUUUGGGUACCUGAAGGAGAAACUGUGAAGAUUCCUGUGGCUAUUAAGAUUCUUAAUGAGACAACUGGUCCCAAGGCAAAUGUGGAGUUCAUGGAUGAAGCUCUGAUCAUGGCAAGUAUGGAUCAUCCACACCUAGUUCGGUUGUUGGGUGUGUGUCUAAGCCCAACCAUCCAGCUGGUUACUCAGCUUAUGCCCCAUGGAUGCCUGUUGGAAUAUGUCCAUGAGCACAAGGAUAACAUUGGAUCACAACUGCUGCUUAACUGGUGUGUCCAGAUAGCUAAGGGAAUGAUGUACUUGGAAGAAAGACGGCUUGUUCAUCGGGAUUUGGCAGCCCGCAAUGUCUUAGUGAAAUCUCCAAACCAUGUGAAAAUCACAGAUUUUGGACUAGCCAGACUCUUAGAAGGAGAUGAAAAAGAGUACAAUGCUGAUGGAGGAAAGAUGCCAAUUAAAUGGAUGGCUCUGGAGUGUAUACAUUACAGGAAAUUCACCCAUCAGAGUGACGUUUGGAGCUAUGGAGUUACAAUAUGGGAACUGAUGACCUUUGGAGGAAAACCCUAUGAUGGAAUUCCAACUCGAGAAAUCCCUGAUUUAUUAGAGAAAGGAGAACGUUUGCCUCAACCUCCCAUCUGCACUAUUGACGUUUACAUGGUUAUGGUCAAAUGCUGGAUGAUUGAUGCUGACAGUAGACCUAAAUUUAAGGAACUGGCUGCCGAAUUUUCAAGGAUGGCUCGAGACCCUCAAAGAUACCUAGUUAUUCAGGGUGAUGAUCGUAUGAAGCUUCCCAGUCCAAAUGACAGCAAGUUCUUUCAGAAUCUCUUGGAUGAAGAAGAUUUGGAAGAUAUGAUGGAUGCUGAGGAGUACUUAGUCCCUCAGGCUUUCAACAUCCCACCUCCCAUUUAUACUUCCAGAGCAAGAAUUGACUCAAAUAGGAGUGAAAUUGGACACAGCCCUCCUCCUGCCUACACCCCCAUGUCAGGAAACCAGUUUGUAUACCGAGAUGGAGGUUUUGCUGCAGAACAAGGAGUGUCUGUGCCCUACAGAGCGCCGACUAGCACAAUUCCAGAAGCUCCUGUUGCACAGGGUGCUACAGCUGAGAUUUUUGAUGACUCCUGCUGUAAUGGCACCCUACGCAAGCCAGUGACACCCCAUGUCCAAGAGGACAGUAGCACUCAGAGGUACAGUGCUGACCCCACCGUGUUUGCCCCAGAACGGAGCCCACGAGGAGAGCUGGAUGAGGAAGGUUACAUGACUCCUAUGCGAGACAAAGCCAAACAAGAAUACCUGAAUCCAGUGGAGGAGAACCCUUUUGUUUCUCGGAGAAAAAAUGGAGACCUUCCAGCAUUGGAUAAUCCUGAAUAUCACAACGCAUCCAAUGGCCCACCCAAGGCCGAGGACGAGUAUGUGAAUGAGCCACUGUACCUCAACACCUUUGCCAACGCCUUGGGAAAAGCUGAGUACCUGAAGAACAAUGUACUGUCUGUGCCAGAGAAGGCCAAGAAAGCAUUUGACAACCCUGACUACUGGAACCACAGCCUGCCACCUCGGAGCACCCUCCAGCACCCAGACUACCUGCAGGAGUACAGCACAAAAUAUUUUUAUAAACAGAAUGGGCGGAUCCGGCCUAUUGUGGCAGAGAAUCCUGAAUACCUCUCUGAGUUCUCCCUGAAGCCAGGCACUGUGCUGCCACCUCCACCUUACAGACACCGGAAUACUGUGGUGUAAGCUCAGUUGUUAUUUUUAGGUGGAGACACACACAUGCUCCAGUUUCCCCACCCCCCUCUCUUUCUCUGGUGGUCUUCCUUCUACUCCAAGGCCAGUAGUUUUGACACUUCCCAGUGGAAGAUAUAGAGAUGCAAUGAUAGUUAUGUGCUUAUCUAUCUUGAACAUUAGAGGGAAAGACUGAAAGAGAAAGAUAGGAGGAGCCACAGUGUUUCUUCAUUUCUCUGCAUGGGUUGGUCAGGAGAAUGAAACAGCUAGAGAAGGACCAGAAAAUGUAAGGCAAUACCGCCUACUGUCAAACUGGCUGUCACUUCUUUUUUCUUUUUUUUUUUUUUUUUUUUUAAAGCAGAUGGUUGAAACACCCAUGUUAUCUGUUCCUAUCUGCGGGAACUGAUGUGUACAUACUGAGCAUCCCUGGAAAUCAUAAUAAAGUUUUCAUUAGAACAAAAAAAUAACAUUUUCUAUAACAUAUGAUAAUGUCAGAGAUUGAGAAACCAGUUUAUUUCUCCAACAGUUUCUGUCCUAGCAAGUAAGAAUGGCCAACCCAGCUUAUAAUUUAAAAAUCUUCAUCAAAGAUAUAACUAGUAAUUAUGUUUUGAAGGCUUUUUUUUUCCAUUUUGUUUUGCUAUGACCAAUUCUUUUAUAUAGUUGCUCCCCUAUUUUUGGCUUUAAUUUCUAAUUGCAAAGAUGUUUACGUCAAAGCUUCUUCACAGAAUUAAGCAAGAAAUAUUUUAAUAUGGUAAAAUGGCCACUAUUUUAAGUAUACAAUUUUUAAAAUAAGAAAGGGAGGCUAAUAUUUUUUUAUUUUACCUUUCAUUUUUCAUGCUAUCAAAUUAUCUUCACCCUCAUCCUUUAUAUUUUUCAACAUUUUUUUCUCCAUAAAUGACAGUACUUGAUAAGCAGUUGAUUGUCUGAAGUAUAGAACGGAAUCUAAGAGACAGUUUUGUGUAGUUCAAGAAAACUACUGAUACUUUCAGGGGUGGUCCAAUGAGGGAAUCUAUUGAACUGGAAGAAACACACUGGAUUGGGUAUGUCUACUUGGCAAAAACUCAGAAAUGUAGUUUGCACUUAAGCUGUAAUUUUAUUUGUUCUUUUUCUGAACUCCGUUUUGGAUUUUGAGUCAAGCAAUAUGGAAGCAACCAGCAAAUUAACUAAUUUAAGUACAUUUUUUAAAAAAGAGCUAAGAUAAAGACUGUGGAAAUGCCAAACCAAGCAAAUUAGGAAGCUUGCAGCGGUAUCCAGGGACUAUGAUGAGAGGCCAGCACAUUAUCCCCAUAUGGCAUCGCCUUUGCUACGCAAGGAAAUUUGUUCAGUUCGUAUACUUCAUAAGAAGGAAUGCAAGUAAGGAUUGGCUUGAAUUCCAUGGAAUUUCUAGUAUGAAACUCUAUAUGAAGAAGAAGGAAACUCUUUGCACAUAAAUUGGCAUAAUAAAAAGAAAAACACAAACAUUCAACGCUUAUGGAUAGGUCCUUGGGUCAAAAGUUGUAAAUAAAUGUGAAAAAUCUUCUCAUGCAAUUAUUUUAUUAUCCAACACACGAAUCUUUUGAUACUUUAUAGAAUUCAUUUUCUUCAUAUACUACACCUAGCACUAAAACCAUAUUUAUUAUGUAUCAUUUUGAAAGAAUACCUGAUGAGAUGAAGGAUGGGAACAAAUGACAGGAAUGAGUCUCCAGGUAAAUGGGGCCUCACAUCAAUAAUUAGGAAACUUAGAUAUAAAUCCCCCUUUUCUGAAAAUUCUACCCCAAGUCAUUUAGAUUUUUAAAAAAUAUUUUUUUCUAAUGUUAAAAUCUCGGGACCAAAUUAGAGUCAAUAGUGUAAGAUUAAUUAAUUAGAGUAAAAAUAGCUAUUAAAGCAGAGAGUUUAGAGAAAAAAAAUCCAAAGAAAUUUGUGUUUCUUCCUAUUCUGAACAAGUAAAUCCAUCCAUCCAUCCAUCCAAAACUCAUUUAUCCAACUAUCUACUGAAAGCACCAUGUUUUGUGGGAAACACCCAGAUAAAUGGAAUAUCAUCCCCAACUUCAAAAUUGUAUCAUCUAGGAGAUAUAAUUAGAAUGACAUUUUAAUUUUUCUGUGAGUUCAAAGAAUCAGAUUGCAUGGUCUCUUUUGGGAAUGGCUGUCAUAUAAUCAGUUGUUCAGUAAAGUAUCUCCUUUGAACUCAUUUGGGAAAUAAGUUAAACAUCCUUCAAAUUGUUGAAGUGGACAAAUACGAUAGUUUCAAUAUUAUUAUUCAAACAUAAGCUGGCCUAGAAGAAUGUUACAUCACUGGCUAAUUAGCCUAUAUAGAUUCUAACUUUGCCAUUAAACCAAAAGCAGAUGGUGGUCCUUGGCCAAGAAUGUUGGAGACAUUGAAAUUGGUUUUCUACUAAGCUGUAAAAACUGAGGCAAGCUGAAAAAGUAUGGUAGAGCAGGGGAGGGGUUUGUGAGAUCCCUUCUAGUGAAGUUCAUCCUCAAAAUUUUCAGGGUUAAAGACACAAGAGUAAUUCAGGAGCCACAACCUAAUAGCUCAGAGCUCUCCUAUCCAUUCAGAGAAGUCUCUAAGAAAAGGGAUCUCAUAUCAGUUCUUAUACAAAAUUGAAUAUAAGCCUCCCUUUCUAAAUAAAUCUGCAGCAAGUCAUCAUAGCCUCCUUUUUGGAUACUAUAACUUGAUUUUUUUUUUCUGACUUACAAUGUGCAUAUGGCUUCUACUGGGAUAUAAAAAGCAGAAUAACUUACUUUGGAGAAGGAAGAAAAUAGUUAACUUUUAACUGUUAAGGUAACAAAAAUAUAUUUAGUGAAUGUAGUCUCUUUCCUCCUAAGAACACAAGACUUCUACAUGUCAGGUAAUACCUAGAGAUGGAUGCAGGCAUAAUCCAAAAUGACCCAAGUUCUGCAAUAGCACCAUUUUAUAUUCCUUUUGAAUGAUUUCUGCAGUAUGUUAUUGACUUCAGUUGUUUGAGAGUUUUUUGUUUUAUUUUUGUCCCCCUGGAAAAACAUAUUUCAGAGUGUGGAAGAGGGAGGAAAAAAGUUUCAUUCAUUUCAGAGAAAAACCUAUUUAGCCCAGUAGGGUAAAAUUUUAAAAUGCCACUUAAAGUCUUCAAAGUGCUUUGGGGGAUAUCAGAUUCCAGAGGCCAGUUGUAGCAAUUGAAAUAUGCAGAAUCAAUUAUAUAAAUUUGAGGAAAAUUAGUAUUAAAAUUACAAUGACUAUAUUUUUUAUAUCACCCAACUUUGUAGAGUAUACCUAUUUUGGGCAAUCUUAUUUUCAGGAAAGGCAAAACUUUGCAGCUAAAUGAUUGCCGAAAGAAAGUGGUACCUAAACAGGUGAGAAAAGACGGCCUCUGAACUAGGGUAGAUCCAGAAUCAUGAAUCAUCUGCACCACAAAAGGUGUUAGACUACCAAGCAGCUCCUGGUUUUCUGCAUAGUAUUAGUAGCACAGCUUAGGAUGAGAAUCCUUCCUCCGAUAACGUUCUUAAAAUAGCAUGAAAAACAAUGCAAAACUCAAAUUUCUAUUAAAACGCACAAACUAAAAUCAAGUGAUUUUUUUUUGUAGAUUAGGAAGAAGGGCUGAAUAUCUAAUUUAAGAGAAGAAAUAGUGUUCUUCUAAGUGUUAUAGUAUGUAAACUAAUACCUUCUAAAGGAAAGACAUGCCAUGAAGAUUGUGCAUAUUUACAAUGCUAAGGAAAAAUCGAGAGAAAAGAACUAUGAGGCUCUGCUGCUAGAUGAAGUUGGAAGUACUAUUAAUGUGCUUCUUGAAGUGUCAGACAUGAAAAGGAAAUUAAAAUUGUUUAAGCCUGACAGGGAAGGAUGUAAAUACAAGUUUUUCUAGAGCUAUCUAACAUUUAUUUCAAAACUGGAGUUAUUCAUCCAUUUGUAAUUGUUAAUAAUUUAGUAUAUGUAGUUCAUAAGGUAAUAGAAAAGGUGAUCAUGAAAGCAUGUAUAUAACUGGACAGAACCAUGAUAAUGCUAUAAGAUGUAGAUUUAGUUAGGUUAUCAGAUGUUAAAUGAUUUUAUUAUUAUUAAAUAAACUAGAAAACUAACCGCAAGUAUAACAAAGUUAAAUGUAGGACAUAAAAAUGUAGAAUGGAUUUUGCCUAGUGAAAAAAUAAGUUUGCCAUUUAAAAUUGUUGUUUGUUGGGUGUAGCUGAAGGUAGGCAUAUAUGGUUCCACUUGU